CGAACGUCACGCUGGAUAUUUGAACUGAACAAGAUGGCGGAGCGCAGUGGACGGAGAAGUCGGGAUUUCUUGGGGACAAAUCAUAUAAGUAACAGUUUUGAUGAAGAUAUGACUGGGAUAGAGGAGAUGCCCCUGUGUCGUCCUUCUUAUGAUUCAAGCAGGGUGAAUGAGUUAAACCCUGACACAAACGGAGUCGCUCCGUGUGUGGUGGAGGAAGAGCUCAAACUCGAGGACGAAGAGCUAGUCACAGAAGGAGCUCGGCCAAUACAGAUAGUUGUCGCAAAUGAAGACGACCACAAAUUUGAAUUGGAUGCCAUGGCGCUGGAGAAGAUCCUAAUGCAAGAUCAUAUCAAGGACCUCAACGUGGUUGUGCUGUCUGUGGCUGGUGCUUUUCGCAAGGGCAAAUCCUUCCUGCUAGACUUCAUGAUACGCUACAUGCACAAUCAGUCAUCUCCGUCAUGGAUGGGAGGGGAUGAUGAGCCACUAACAGGUUUCUCCUGGAGGGGGGGUUGUGAGAGAGAGACGACAGGAAUACAGGCCUGGAGUGAAGUGUUUGUGGUGGAAAAGACUGAUGGCAGUAAGGUUGCUGUCCUGCUGGUUGACACGCAGGGAGCUUUUGACAGUCAGUCCACUAUUAAAGACUGCGCUACAGUUUUUGCCCUCAGCACUAUGACCAGCUCCAUACAGGUUUAUAAUCUUUCACAGAAUAUCCAAGAAGAUGACCUGCAGCAUCUCCAGCUUUUUACAGAAUAUGGUCGCUUGGCAAUGGAAGAGGUCUAUGAAAAACCAUUUCAGAAACUGCUGUUUCUGAUCAGAGACUGGUGUUACCCCUAUGAGCAUGAGUAUGGACUUGAUGGUGGGAAUCGCUUCUUGGAACGCCGACUGCAGGUGAAGCAGAACCAGCACGAAGAGUUACAGAAUGUGAGGAAGCACAUCCACUCGUGUUUCUCAAGCAUUGAUUGUUUUCUGCUGCCUCACCCAGGCCUGAAGGUUGCAACUAACCCCUACUUUGAUGGCAGACUGAGAGAUAUUGAUGAUGAUUUUAAGAAGGAACUGCAGAACCUGGUGCCUUUACUACUGGCCCCUGAGAACCUCGUGGAGAAAGAGAUUAAUGGGGCCAAGAUGACAUGCAAGGACCUAUUGGAGUAUUUCAAGGCAUACAUCAAAAUCUACCAAGGUGAGGAGCUCCCUCAUCCCAAGUCCAUGUUGCAGGCAACUGCUGAGGCUAACAACUUGACAGCUGUGGCUGGGGCAAAGGACACUUACCAAAGGACCAUGGAGCAGAUCUGUGGUGGAGACAAACCGUACAUUGCACCAGUUGACCUUCAGCGCUAUCAUGAAGAGAUGAAGCAAACCUCUGUCCAGCAGUUCCGUGCUGUUAAGAAAAUGGGAGGAAUCGAGUUUAGCCAACGGUACCAGAAGCAGCUGGAGUCUGAACUUGAUGAAGUUUAUGCAAAUUUCAUCAAGCACAAUGAAAGCAAGAACAUUUUCUAUGCAGCAAGAACGCCGGCAACAUUGUUUGCUGUCAUGUUCGUCGCCUACAUGGUGUCCACAGUAACUGGGUUCAUCGGUUUAUCAGUGAUCGCUGCCCUGGCCAACCUUGUGAUGGGGGUGUCCUUGAUGUCACUGUGUGCAUGGGCGUACGUGAGAUAUUCGGGUGAAUAUCGAGAAGUGGGUGUGGCUAUAGACCUUACAGCAGAAGCCUUGUGGGAGCAGGUGCUGAAACCACUGACCGAGCAAUACAUGGAGGAAAAUAUCCGCCAGACUGUAGUUAAUUCUAUAAGAGCCAGUCUGACUGAACAAGUGACGCAAACUGCAAAGUUAAAAACUAACUGACAGCUUGCUAUGUCCCAUGUCUCUCUGCCAAGUGUACAAAAUGUGUUUUUGCACAGUUUUAUUGUGGACUCUCAUACCAUUAGUUUGAAGAAUUAAAACCAAAGUUUACAACCCAGACUAGACAUGGUGUACACGUUUAGUGAGUGACUGAGCCUUCGUCACUAUAAUGUAACAAAACACAUGCAUACCUCUGUGGGUUUUCUCUUCUUCUUGUAGAAGUAGUCAUAAAAAUCAAUCAGAAAAAUGUUGCAUCCAAUUUACCAGUUUCAUUUAAUGCCUGGGUCCUUUUAGAUUUAUUCAUUUAUGUGUUUUGAAUUUAUACCGAUCAGCCAUAAAAUUAAAAACAC